AUAAUUUCCAACGCGAAGUAUAUAAAAGAAUUUGUUAGACUAAAACUGUCAUUAGUUUUCUGUUGAAGUAAAGUCCUACAUCUAGUCCCAUUGGGACAAUAUUAUUAUUGUCGUUACUUAUACAUUAUUUAUUUUGAGACAUGUUCCAGUCAAUUUAUUUUGUUUUCUUCGGAAGUUUAGUCAUUGUUAAUUCAUUCAAGAUAAUUGAAGACAAAACACCUACAGUCGAAAGAAAUGUUAAGAAUGAUAUUGCUGUUUGUAAAACCAAGGAAUGUUAUAAUAUAGCCGAAUUUAUUAAAAAAGGAAUGAAUGAUACAGUAAAUCCUUGUGACGAUUUUUAUUCCUACCUAUGUGGAUCAUGGCAGACUAAUUUUCCGACUCCGGAAAAGAAAUUAAAAUGGGAUUUGAAUGCAAUAACUAACAAAAAAAUAUAUACUGUUUUAAAAGAAAUUUUGCAAAAGCCAUCAAGCUCUGAGGAUAAUAAGCUAUUAGCUUUAGAGAAAAAAUGGUUCAAGUCUUGUAUGGAUGAAGAUAGCAUUAAUAAAAGAGGGUUGGAACCUUUAAGGAAUAUUAUUGAAAAAGUAGGUGGUUUGCCAUUGCUAAUGAAUACAAGUGUAUGGGAAAAAAAAGAAAUCACAUGGCAAAAUGUUGCUCAGUAUUAUGCCAAUAUUCUUGGCGAAUACGAUUUAUUUAAUAUAGAGAUUUCACCUGAUUUACAUAAUUCCACAACUCAAACUAUCAUGAUUGAUCAAACCAGUGACAUCCGAAUCGAAUUUGCAAGUUUCAUUAACAAAGAAAUUAGUUAUUAUCAUAAACAAUUUAUUUCAUACAAUUCUGAAGUAAAUAAUUUGGAUAAAGUUGAUGAUGCUAAUCCUAAAGAAAAGAUUUUUAUGUCUAUAUUAAAAUUCAUUUCUGCAUAUUCAGGAUCCGAAGGAGGAAGGGACGAAAAAGAAAUAAUAAAUGACAUAGAAAAUUUAAUUGAAUUUCAUUCUUCCUUGGAAAAGAUUAAAACUCCUGAAUAUGAAAUAGAUGUAAUGGAUGUGGGAAAUAAUAAAAUAACGAUUAGUGAAUUUCAAAAACAUUAUAAUCGUAAACAAUCUGGAAACACGAAAUCAAUGAUAAAUUUGCUCGAAUUUAUUCAAGUUUUAUUCAAAAAUUCUGAUGUUGUUAUUGAUGAAUCAGAAGAAAUAUAUGUAAUAGAUAAAUAUUUUUUUGACAAAUUAGGUCAGCUUUUAGAACAGACACCUGAAAGAACCAUUGUCAAUUACAUUCAUGCCAGAUUUAUAGGCAGAGUCAAUGCAUACUUAGACAAACCAACAAGUCAAAUCCUUCCCGAGAUUUUCAGUGUUGUGAAGGGAGUUCCCUUUGGAUCAGAAAGGUGGGAAAUAUGUAUAAAUAAUAUGCCUCUCAAAAACGGAAUAUCUAUGGAAUUUAUGAAAAGUCAAGUUCCUAAUGUAACCAUACAAACUGCGAAAGAAAUGGCUGAAGAAAUACGAAAAGAAAUUAAUACCGAAAUUUCAAACUCCAAUUGGAUGAAUAAUGAAACCAAAUCCCUGGCAAUGGACAAACUCAAGUUAAUGGAAUAUACAAUUGGUCAUCCAAAAUGGUAUUCGUCAUCUGAUUUCAGCGAGAAAUAUAACGGGCUUAAAAUUGGACCAGAUUAUUUUGAUAAUGCAAUUCAUUAUUUCAAAUAUGUUAAAAGCAAUAGUGCAACAAAUUUUAGAAAACCAUUCGACAAGUAUAAAUGGGAAUUUCCACCAGUAAGAAUAUUUUCACCACUAACAUUAAAUGCAUUCUAUUAUACCCCAACGAAUACUAUUAAUAUUCCAGCUGCGCAGCUUUUAACUUCUUUCUUUGAUGCGAAUAUUCCACUUGCCUUAAAUUAUGGUUCAGUGGGCUACGUUAUUGGUCACGAAAUGUCUCAUGGAUUUGAUGCCUUUGGUCGACAUUUUGAUGGAAAUGGAAAUGUCAUUUCUUCGUCGUCAGGCGAAUUGAUUCGUGAAUAUAAGAAAAAGGAUAAUUGUUUUGUGGAUCAAUAUAAUAAUUAUAAAGUAGACGGAAAAGAAACUCGAAAUGAAAAUUUUGCUGACGCUGGAGGAUUAAAUGCAGCUUAUGGUGCUUACAAGGAAAAAAUUAAGAAAGACAAAAUUAAAGAACAAAGUUUACCAGGAUUAAAAAACUUAGAUUCAGAUCAAUUGUUUUUUGUUGGUUUUGGUGUGAAUUAUUGUGAGAGUGGAAUACCAUCGUACUUAACGUCAAAAAGUUCUGAUACUCACACGGAAAAUCCUUCGAGAGUAAAUGGAGCCGUGGCAAAUGUAAAAGGAUUUAGUGAAGCAUUUAAAUGUCAAAAAGAACCAAUGUGUUCACUAUGGAAUUGAUUAAACUAAAUUUUAUCAUUAUCAUGUAAUAUAUAGAAUGAAAAUUAUGAAGAACUUUAGAUAUAACAUUGUAAUGCUAAAUCUAACAACCAGGAAAAUGUUUUUUUUUAACUUAAGGAAGAUACGUAAACUCUAAUUUAUUAACUAAUUUUUAACAAAAUUUAUACUUUUAAUAAUUGAAAAAAUCUUACGAUUGUAGAGAAUGUUUCAUUUUUAAAAUAAGCUAUUGUUUAUAAAAAUUGCAAGUUUUGUCUGUUUUGAUAGAAAAAAAGACAAAAAUGUUAAAACAAAUAAUUAUUUAUCAAAAAAAAUUUAAUUUAACAUAAUUUUUCUCGAAAAGUGUAUAACUGAAUUUUCUGAAAUUAAUUUUCAUUAAAUUUUUGUUUACGUUAAAAACAAUUUUUCAGUUUUUAGGGUAUGUUAGGACCUCCAUUUUUUCUUAAAGUAAUCCUGUUUGUAUCAAAGAAAUUUGUGCAUUUACAAUACGUUUAAACAAAAAUUUAUUUAUUUUCUUUUUUCAUUGACUUAAAGAAAAAUUUCUUUAU